GUUCGUUUCCACGAAUCGUACGCGUUUAUAAACUUCUCCAAUCGUGAAACAUUUUCACUCGCCACGGAAAUGGAUGGAGACACGUACGCGAGGAUGACUUUCCAAUGAUCGCAAAAAGUGGAUCGCGGUAGCUGGACCCAGCGGAGAAGUGGAACCAGUGGGGGGGAAAGAUGGUGUACAGAGGCAGUUUACAAACCGACGAUCCCAGGGAUGCACCCAGGCUAGUCAGGAUGUCACCGCUGAGAACCAGUAGGCCAACCAAUCCUGUGUCCAAUUCACGAGCAGCUUCCUCGGUUAAUAGCCCGGUGUAUCACGGUCCGUUUGUGUCAGCAAUCGACGUUCAUCGAGCCAAAUUGAUCGAUGAAAGACGUUUGGCCCGGGAAAGGGACAUCGUGUCCAUGGAGAAGGUUAUUAUGAGAACAACUGGUCUCAAGGUUGGCGCACCAAGGCUACGGAACAUCAGUCAGAUACGAGACACCGUGUUCGUCGAUCCUGCGCUGAUACCGAUGGAGAAAAUCGGUCGAACGGAGAAAGAUCGACCGAGAACUAUAGCUAUCGACGGUUCGAGUAGAUCUGUCAGAGCACCCAGCUCUAUGCUCGCCGAUUUGAAGGAUCUAGAGAGACUGAGAAACACUCCACCAGCUCAAAGGUGUCCCAGAGUCGCGACCAGGAACGAGAUAAGGUCGUCGGUCGCUAAGAAAACGGAGAUCUCGAGUUCGGCGAAGAUUCGAUCGGAUAUCAUCAAGAUACAGCAGAUGUUCCAAACGCCGGACAGCUCGCCCAGGGCGAUGGUGAAAUACUCCAACGAGAAGAAACUGGAGAAGAGGAGCGAGCACGAGAGGAGAGCCGGUACGGAAAUUAAUAAAACGAGAUUACUCGCUCAGAAGCUGUUGGAGGCUUCCAGGAGCAACCGGGAGUCUGUGAAAGAUCGGUACAACAAUCCGAGGAAUGUCCCGCACGUGAAACCGGGUAAAGACGUGAACAGCAGGGUGUCGGGCAAGGCGUGCACGCAAAAGAACACCGUGGAGGCUAAACAAUCGGAGAAAGGAAAAAAUGUGGCGGCGACGUUAGAGGACGCACGCCCGCAGCCUCCGGCACGGAAACGAAGGGAAUCGAAGAACAGAGGCGGCGGUGACGCGAAUGGAACGGCAAGCGACGACGCUAGAAAGAACGACAAUCAACAGAGCUUGAGAACCGUGGAGAUCGUAGAGAAGGGGAUUGAAACGUCGUCCAAUCACGGCAACCGUUCCAAGUUAGACGGUACAACGGCGAUCGAAUCCAAGACGAAAACGAAGGAGCUCGACAGACCGGAUAUCCUGGACGGAUUGCUCAAGGAAUCUGAUCAGCAACUGGCUGAUUUGAAGACCGAUCUGCACGAGAGAAGAAGAUCACGGAGCCAUUGGAGAGGAUUCGUGCAAUCUAUGAGGCUGCACGACGUCGAACUUCACUCGGACAGCGAGGACAGUCGCAAAGACCUGAAUUUAUGGAACAAGAGCAUCAGCCAACGAUGGAGGAAACUGAGAAGAAGGUGUUCCGUGCAGGAGACCUCGGAGCCUCAGGAAGCUCUGAUACAAGGUGGAACGACCCAGGGGGUUAUUCAAGCUGUAAGGUCCAGCCCGGCUAGCAGGGAGUCCUCUCCAGCUGCCAAGAGCCUUCAGGACGGCAGUUCGCCCAAGAAAUUGCUACAGACUAGCUCUCUGAGAUUGCCAGGUACCACCAAGGGGAUAGCCGACAUUCAACACGUUCUACGAAGCAAAUUCAGCAAGAUAAACGCUGGUAUCCGUAAAAGGAAGGCUCUGAGCGUGACGGAGGUGUUCUCGCAGAAGGACAACUCGUCGAACUUUUACGUACCAAGUCCUUUAACUUCCUCUACAAGCCAGAAUUUCGACGGCGAGUACGAUUCGAGCGAGCCUACUUCCCUUCCGCCCUAUCCUUUCCACGAUAAUCUCGAAACGCUGGCGGAAGGCAGCGUACCAAAUUCUCCAAAUUGCAGCAGCCCGUUGGCCAACGGCAACAAGACGUUCACGUACUCUCAGAGCAGCAGCGCUUACGGUUCACCGGUUCUCAGCCACGAGCAAAGCCCGAAGGACGUCUACGAGAACGUACUGUUCACCACGUCGUCGCCUGGAUGUUGUCCAAGGACCAGAGGCAUGUUGCAGCGCAGCAAUUCGGAGAACCGUGAUAACGGCAGACACCAGGAUCACUCGUACGAGAACGUGCGCUUCCAGAGGGGCCACAGAGCGGAGUUAACGUUAUCUGUUACGCCGCACGCGGAGAGGCAUCUGGCUAGAAGCAAUUCCGAGACGAGGGAUCAUCAUUCGUACGAGAACGUACACUUUCAGAAGAACUCGAAGCCGAAGAAUCAGUCGGAACCGUCGUUCGACGAGAUUCAUAUACCCAGGGUGACGCCGAGAAAACGGAUGACAGAUUUCAAAGUUGGCGGACAGGUGAACAAUUAUUCCAACGGAUCUGGUUCACCUUGUAUGAAUAAAGAGGACGGACCGUCUAGUCUGGGAGCUGAAAAGAGUCCUGGUAAAAAGACAACGAGACGAAUGAAUAGCAGAAGCGUGGCGAAUAUUCCAAGUUCUUCUGGUGCCGGUUUGAAGACCUGGCAAGGUCCACAAGAUACGGACGAAGGCCUGAAUACCGACUCGGAACUCGAAGACAUCGACGAAGCUGGCGAGGGUGAAGAGUCGAGAUUCUGCACCCUACCAAGGCCUGGCAAGGGUGGCGCGUCAUUCACGAUACUGACAGCCAGAUUUCUAAAGGGUCCUGGCCACAAAGGACUCGGUUUCAGUAUCGUCGGUGGUACAGACAGUCCUCGAGGGAAUAUGGGAAUCUACGUGAAGACGGUCUUUCCUAAUGGCCAGGCUGCUGACCUGGGAACUGUCAAAGAAGGGGACGAAAUUUUAUCGAUAAAUUCGAAACCUCUUCACGGUAUGACGCACGCCGAGGCGAUCGCCGAGUUCAAGUCCGUGAAAGCCGGAGACGUGGUUCUACAUGUUGGACGUCGCGUGAACAGGAAGAAGAGGGACUCUCUGACGUUGCCGCCCGUUGGUCCACCGCCUCGUCAGCAAGUCAAAUGAACCCGUUGAUCUCUCCCCUUAUCGCAUUCCACACGUUUACGUUUCUACGUUGCAUUCGAGCGCUCCAGAUGCUCGCGAGAAUCGAAGGUCUCGGGCUUUUAGGAAGGACCGUAGCAUAUGCUUCUGCAGGUGCUAUCCUCGUCUAUGCAAUAUCGUUUAUUAUUGCUGUGUACAACGGAAGCGAGACGGCGUUGAUCUCGCGUCACCAUCG